GAACCCGAAGAAUUUCGACCUCCUUCACCAAAAGAAACUUUUGAAAAAUUUGAGCGUAAAGCAGCUCACAUUUCAUCUGGUAUCCAAAAUACGGAUGAUCCACAAACUUUUAAUAUACGUUUAGUUGGUUUUCAUCCAUUAUGGGCACAUCAGCUAUGGAAUGCGAGUAAAUGCGUUGCGUGGUAUUUAGAUGAACAUAAAGAACUUAUUUCGAAUAAAAAUGUUUUAGAGCUUGGAGCCGGUGGUGCACUGCCUUCACUUAUUUCAUUUUUGAAUGGCGCGAAAAAGGUGGUCAUAACAGAUUAUCCUGAUGAAAAUUUGAUAGAAAACAUAGAAUAUAAUGUGAUGUUAAAUCUAUCUUCAAAAGGUGGCUGUAAUAUUGAUAAUAUUAAAGUUUUGGGAUACAUUUGGGGUAAAAAUACAGGCCCGCUACUAGACGCAAUUUCUUCACAACAAAAUUCGCAAUCUAUAACUAAAAGAUCAUAUUAUGACCUAAUUAUUCUAUCCGACUUAAUAUUUAAUCACUCUCAACAUUCUGCGUUAUUGAAAACGUGUGAAGAAUGUUUAGACAUUGAGAAUGGACAAGUGCUUGUGUUUUUUACGCACCAUCGCCCAUCGCUUGCAUACAAGGAUAUGGAAUUUUUUGAGAAAGCAAAGGCGAAUGGUUUAUUUAGAGUUGAAAAGAUCUUUGAAACUGUGAUGAAACCGAUGUUUGAGAAUGACAGUGGGUGUGAUAUUAUUAGAUCAACCAUUCAUGGAUAUAUAAUGACGCGUCAGAAAAUAAAUAACGACAUCGUCUAG